AUGAAGUUCACUCUCAUCAGCUCCGCCCUCUUCCUGGCCACUACGACCCUGGCCUCUCCCGGCGGACAGGCCAUCGCCAACACCAUGAGCACCAGCAGUGCCGCAGCCGUGUCAACCUUAACCGGUCAGACAGCCUCAGCCGGCUCCAAUAAUGCAGGGAACGCUUCUGAGGUCACCAGUAAAGCUUCCACCGGGGUCUCUGGCCAAAUCACCCUCUCCGGCACCGUCGACCAAGCCACCUCUACCCAGUCCACCAGCUCGACUAGUGCGGCCUCAACCGACAGCUUGACCAGUGGUGCUAAGGAGACCGCCUCUACCACUGCUUCCUCCACUACCAAUGGCGCUUUCCCUCGUCCUACCACCAUCGGUGGUGCUGCUGCUGGUAUGGCCGGCUUCCUUGGUAUUCUUGUUGCCCUGUAA